CUUUCAUUGAGCUGUCAGGAAAAUACAUUAAUCUACUGAUUUUAUAUAUAUUUUUUUCCAAAUUGCAACUUUUUACAUAGGCAGUAUUUUGUGUGGUUUAAGGAGUUUGACGAAAUUUCCGUUGCUAUUCAGUUACGAUGCAUCGCUGGUUUUUUGCCAACGAGCGGGAAGAGUGCGAGCCCAAGGUCGAGGAGAUCGUCGAAGAGUCUGGGGACGAUGAUCUCUCUCAGGUUCCUGACGAGGCCAAUGUGCCCACCACUGACUGGCCCUUCUGUGUGACCUACCAUCGCAAACUAGCCGGUAAUGAGUACAUUGCUAUAACGGGUAACUGUCACAGUUUGGGGGACUGGAAUCCCAAGGAGGUGUAUAUUAUGGCCAAGUCGGAGUGCUACGACUGCAUGUGCAUGUGCCAUCAGUAUGAAGCUAUUGUUACAAUUCCGCGAAACAUUGAUAUCGAAUACCGUUACUGUGUGGUGGCCUAUGACCCUGAGAUGGACGAAGUCUACAUUCGGACCUGGGAGGCGCAGAUCCAUCCGCGUGUCAUCCGAACCUGCCAGAACAUGCUGAAGCUGUGCGACUGCUAUGGGCAUCCCAAUGAAGAUGAGACCGAUCGGGUGGACCGCGGCUGGGCCACAACCGAAACUAUUGUGCAUCUGCGAGUCUUCAAUGCUCCGUUUAUAUGGCAAGGACAAAAACAGCGUCUGCUCUACGUCCGAGUCCAGCCGAUGUUCGAGGUUCCAGUGCCGGCGUGUGACAAGCCUAGCGACCAGCCCAGGGGUACCCUUAAGGUAACGCGACUUUCCCACUUUCUGGCCGACGCCGAAGUACCUGUUGGGGAGCUUGAGCUAAGGCUGGCAUAUGUCGAGGCAGUUAACUUGAAGGAAACACGCCCUCUCGCCUUCCAGCCCAAGUUUGGGGUUCGUUGCGGACCUGCCGACAUGCAGCUCUUCCACUGCUCCAUUGCUCUUCCAGCGGAGACCAGGUACCGCAUCGACUUGUACACCUUUGCCAGCAAUGCCGGACAGGAUGAGCCGCCCUAUCACUACGGCUACGGGUUCCUGAUGCCGGAGCAACUGGAGGGCUCGGAGGGUAGUGCUCGGGUGAAGAUCACGUGUGCCUCCACCCACCGCCCACUGAUCGAGAUGAAUAUAAAAUACCUGAUGAUUCGGCCGCUGGAGAACUACAGCUGUGAUAUGAGCCUCUGCUACGCGCGUUAUUGGCGCAAGGGACGCAUAUGCAUGAAUAUUGGUCACAGGGGCUCGGGGAACACCUACCGCCUAGGUCCGGACAUUGUGAGGGAGAACACCCUGUAUGGUUUCAAGCAGAUGGUGGCGGCCAAUGCCGACAUGGUGGAGUUCGAUGUCCAUCUCACUCAAGAUGCCCAGGUGGUGGUGUUUCAUGACUUUGUGCUGCGAUUCCUGCAGCAGCGCUUCCCCACCUUUGAUGAACUUCUGUACAAUCAGGAUCUCAUCGUAUUCGCCUAUGAAAAGCUUAACAGGCUUAUGUUACUGUCUAUGGGUGGUUCAAAACGAAAGGACCACAUUGCUGUUCCUUUGGAGGCUUUUACCUACGAACAGUUGCUGGGAGCUAAGGUUCUUCGCUUCGCUGGCGGGAAAGGAUGCGAUCUUAACUGCGCCCAGAUGUUGGUGGAACAAAGACCUUUUCCACUGCUGCUGGAUCUUUUCAAGCAGGAGGACAUUCUGCCCACCAAGUUGGGCUUCAAUAUCGAAAUCAAGUGGCCGCAGCUGGACAACUCAAGACGCUGGGAAAAGGGCAGCUUUAAGCCCACCUUCGACCGAAACUUUUACGUGGACACCAUUCUGGAAAUUGUGCUGCAGAAUGCAGGGAAGAGACGCAUUAUUUUUUCCUCAUUUGAUGCAGAUAUCUGCACCAUGAUUCGCUACAAACAGAACCUCUAUCCGGUGGCCUUACUCACCGAAAGCUUGGACUCGGAGGUCCAGUAUGCGGACGAGAGAGUCCGAAACUUGGAGAUGUCCGUGCAGCUUGGCCACGCAAUGGAGUUCUUUGGACUGAGCCUGCACGCGAGCACCUUGCUCAAGUGCCCAUAUACUGUGGCCUAUCUUCAACAGUACCACUUAUGUGCCUUGGUUUGGGGCAAACAAACCACAAAUCUGGCAAUACGUAAUUUGCUUAAGCGGUUCGGAGUCGUGGGAAUCAUUUACGACCGACUUGACCAGUUGGACCAGGCCGGCGAAGAACUGGAGGGCACUGUCUGCACCAUCGACUCGGUGACUACGCGGCCCAUGAUCGAGGAGACAGAGCUGGCCGAGUGGCGCCAAAAGUGCGGUUACAAGAGCAGCUCCACGGAAACGAGCCCAUACGCAUAGGUUACUUACCAAAACCUCAUGCUUCUGUAGCUGGCUAAUAAAAUCCCAAAGAUAUAAAGACCAAA